UUCUUCUCUCAAAAAUUCACACUCAAAAAUCAAAAGCACAAAGAAGCAAUCUUCCUUUAUCUACUGUAUCAUGGCAUCUCCACCUAGAAAUCCUCUUCCAGCCGCCGUUGGUGAUGUCCACAACGAUGCUGCAGCACCUGAACCAGCAGACCCAAAUCUGGCCAUCAUCGUUCAUCCAGUCAACCUUGAAGCUGUAUCAAUCAGCUACAUUGAGCCCGGAGAUGAGCUGAACCCAAUCGACCCAGACAACUUCGAGUUCGUGGGUCCCUCUUCCACUGCCGGAAGGUUUCCAACGCGCCGGUCCAAGCGCAUGAACCCCUUCCCAGAUCUGAAUACUGCGGUGCCACAACGCCGGAGGGGAGAAAACUCUCCCCGAAGAGGAAGCAGAGGUGGAAGAAGAGGAGGCAGAGGUGGCCGCACUCCAGUUAGGCCAAAUCCACCAAGAGGUCUUCAUUUGGUGGAUGAAGAAACUGAUGAUGAAGAAGGAGAUCCUAACUUUGCAGCACCGGAGGCUCAAACUCUAUCCUCCAGUUCCUCUGAGUCAUCAUCAAAGGACUCACCUCCCCCAGCAUCAACUCAAGGGGAGACAUCUCAGCCUAGCAUGCCAGCAGCAGCCUCUCAACACCCUGUCUCUGAAAGUGUUGCUGCACAUGCUCCAGAAGAUGUUGAUGCACCCACUGUCUCAGCAAAUGUUCCUCAGAAUGCUGCCGAGGAUGCUGCUCCUUAUCAGGAUGAAGAAAUGCCUGAUUUUUCUGGGAUGUCAUUUGCAGAGCAUGUUGACAUUCCCACUGUUGAUGCUCAAGAUUUCACCACUACUGAAGAAACACCAUCAACACCUCAUGGAGAUCCUCUGGAAACCCUAGCAGAAGCAGCAGUUCAAGCAGAUGCAUCUCCUCCUCAGGCUGAAGAACCAGAGAAAAGUGAUGACAGCUGGGAGGUUCCUCUAGCUGCUUUUCGCCAAAAUUUGCCCUCCUCUGAUUCAGACAGUGAAUCUUCUGAAGACUCUUCUCAGCAGAAAGAAGGUGUUGCCCCACCUGUUGCAUCACCUGAACCAGCAUAUGUUCCUGAUGAGCUUAAAGAUUCAGAAGAUGAUGACUCCCCAGAAGAAGAAGAACCAGACUUGGAUGGGAAGAAUUUGUCAACCCCUUUUGAGGUAAACAAUGCCUUCAGUCCUAAUUUUUAUUUUGAAUCUGAUCCAAUUUUGAGUCCUCAAGUCAUGAAUUGUCAAUUCAUUGAGGAAAAGAAAAUUUCUAAGGAAGAGUUUGAUAGGCAUAGGAUAACUGCUUUUCUUCAUCAAAGAAAAAUCCUUAACCUAGUUGAGAUUGCCUGCUCCUAUGAUCCCACGGUUGUGAAGGAAUUUUAUGCCAAUUUGCAAACUUCUUUUUUAAAGAAAAACUCUCCAAACUUUGGCAAAGUGUUUGUGCGAAACUCCAUCUUCUCCUUUUCUCCCAAAAUUAUCAACUCUCAUUUACAAACUCCUACUGUGAUUGAUGAGGAUAAUUAUGGUGAUUUUACUGAGAUUUGUCAAGUCAUUUCUGGAAACCGUUUAAGAAGUUGGCCUGCACACCCCAGAAAAUUCAAGGUGUCUCAACUCACUGCUUUUUACUCUGUCUUGUUUAGACUCACAGUGAUGAAUUGGAUUCCAUCCAAAAAUAUCUCUGUGGUAACUAAACCUCAUGUUGUACUCAUGUACAAAUUGGGGAUGGGAUUACCAGUUGAUUUUGGCAAACUGUUCUUUGAUACUAUUGGUCAUCUUGCCCAGAAAAUUUCACCCUCCACUCAUCUUCCUUAUCCUUCUCUCAUCUAUUCCAUCUUACUCUCUCAAAAUUUGGGCCAAGAUGACUCAGAAUAUCUUCACACUCCACAAGGCAUGAUCACAGCUUACUCACUCUCUAGCUCAGCUUACCUACCACCAGUCCAUGGUGGACAUGCUUCAGAAGGCUCUUUCUGAUCAAAAAGGGGGAGAAAAAGGUCAUGAAGCUGAAGCAGGAACAUCUCAUCCUUUGGAUGCAAGAGGCAGAGAGCAAGGAGCUAAUGAAGAGGAAGCAAAGAAUGAGGGGGAAGCUCAAGGAGCAGAAGAAAGCAGUGGAUCUAGUGAUGGAGGAGCAGCAGCUGAUACUGAGGAGACUUUGGAUAUUUUACUUUAGAUUGUUUUUCAUGAACAAUACUUUGUUUUUGUUUUUUUUCUGUUUAUUUUCCCUCUGAACUUUUGUUUAGGACUGCGCUUUGGUUAUUUCUUUUGUUGGACUAUCUUGCUGAAUUUGGUUUGAAUUCAUUUUUCUAUAUUUUUCUACUGUUAUCAAAUUCAGGGGGAGUUCAAGCAAUAUCUCAGGGGGAGUUUUUGACUAAGAUUUAGUUUUGAUCAGAAAGUUAAAAAGGGGGAGUUUGAA